AUGGUGGUGCGAAGCGGACUGCCGCUCGAGAGCCUGCUCUACUGCGCUGCUCCCAUGGUCGGUCAAUCGGAUCUCCCCUUUCGCCAACAGACGGUACGCAACGGAGCCACUUCGACCUGGACACAGAUGUACAUGGCAGUGGAGAUCAACGACCAUCAGGACACGCUGGAAUCGCUCGCCAAGGCUCUGGAGCUCGGCCGCGCUAGCCCCGACAACAUCAUUCAGGAUCAAAAGAGCUCUCUGCAUGGAAGCUCAGCGCCUCAGAUUGUACAGCUGGCUGGCAAUGAUGUGAUCGAGCUAGUAGAUGCCGCCCGGAAGGUGGCGCCGUUUGCAGAUGCAAUCGACCUCAAUCUCGGCUGCCCGCAACGGCACGCCGAGCAGGGCAAAUACGGCGCCUACCUGCUGCCCAAGCAGAAUUGGCCGCUGCUCAGCCAGAUCGUUGCCGCGCUCGUUCAGGCGGUCGACGUGCCCAUCACCACCAAGAUCAGGCUGACGGUGCCAAAGGAGCAGACGCCUGAGCUGGCCGUAACUCUCGCGCGCGCAGGCAGCAGCUUGAUCACGCUACACCCUCGUUUUGCCUCCUCCGUCCGCCGUCGCAAAGGCCUUGCAGACCUCGACCAGGUAAUACAAGUGCGUCAAGCCCUCCAAGAUGAAGGCCUUAUGAGAUGCUCGGAACAGCCGGAUGGACAGACGGCAGUGGUCAGCAACGGCAAUGUGCGUUGCUGGACGGACAUCGAGACGAACCUUGCUCUCACUGGCGCAAGCGGUGUGAUGGUCGGCGAAACUCUGCUAGAAAACCCUGCACUCUUCAGGCCAUCACUUGGACACCUCGAUGCAUAUCCAUCAGCAGUCGAGAUGGCCAGAGAGUAUAUGGAUCUACGUGCGCAGUACAGCGAGUUUGAGGCUCCACUCAAGGUCGCAAAGCAACACCUGCAUUCAAUCCUCUGCUCGAUCCCGCACACGCCCAAUCCACACCCCGAUACCACCGCUCACCUGCACCGAACAGCAGCACAUCUCUCGCACACACUCAAGUCGAUCCAGUCCGAACCGGCACUCGCCGACUUCUACAACUCUCACCUUGCCAUCCGCACUCUUGCAUAG